AUGAUCCACUUCGCGGGCCUGAAAGAGCAACGGAGCAAGUGGGAGAUGCGACCGACUCCCGAAUCCAACGAGCUGCCUUUGCCAUAUAUUGAGCUUUUAUACUCAAUCUUGCUCCUACUUCCUCAUUCUACCCAUCAAACACAACAACAACAACAACAACAACAACAACAACAACAACAACAACAACAACAACAACAACAACAACAACAACAACAACAACAACAACAACAACAACAACAACAACAACAACAACAACAACAACAACAACAACAACAACAACAACAACCGCCGCCAAAAUAUCUUCAGCCUUCCAAUUUAAGCAAUUAUAUGUAG